UGCAGCUCACAUGAGAGGAUGAGCAAGACACUGAAAAGUCAGAGGGAGCCCCUUGUGUCAAGUAGUUGACUCUCCGUCCGUCAGCGCUCGCUCCAGCUCUUAACGCGACGGCACUACUGCCCUGUAGAAGCUGGACCUUUUCUUCUGUCAGCCUGUCCCACCACCGCCACCUUUACUGACCUGAUUGUUGUGGGAUCACGCAGGAACCUCAUACUCCACACCCCGUAACCGGUGGACGUCUUAACCCAGGAGCCGGUGUAACGACGGGGCGAGAGGAUCGUUAUUUCUGCAUUCCCAGUGAAUGUGACAGUCCCCAAUCGAGUUUUGCCACCCAUUAGUGGCAAGCAGCCUAUGGACUUGAGUAUCUCCCAGACGUUGGUGCGUACCAGCCUAGACCAGGCUAUGCUGGCCCCACCCCACCCCUUCCUCUUUGGGCCCUACUCCCCCCAGCCCUGUCCUCACUUUUCCCAGCAGCCUUUACAGUUUAACUUUGAACAGAGGAAAAGAGAGAUGGAUCAGGAGAGCAGAGAGGAGCUGCUACAGCUGAUGCACAAGAGUCCAAAUGAGCAAAGUGCUGUUGCCAGUCCCCUUGUGAAGCAGAAGCUGCGGGAGCGGUUGAUUACGAAGAAGGCAGCGCUUGAAAGGAGCACGCCAAACCACAACAGUAGCACGCCCAGAGGAUACAGGGAACUGGGCCCAGAUCCUGACAUGCCACCAAAGCCUCAGCCUACAUCCUGUGACCAGCGUAAGGACCUUGCCCUCCGUAGGACAGUCUCUGAGCCAACUCUGAAGUGGAGGCUAAAGAAGCACAUUAAUACUCGUCAAAGCCCUCUGAGACGCAAGAUCAGUGCCCCUCCUACUGUCAAGCCCAGGACACAAGACACCUUGGACUCCACCUCCAGCAUCAGUGGGUCAGAAUGCAACUCACCCAAUGACAGCCUCCUGCCUCCGGAGAAUCAAUCACACACCGCAACAGUUGGACUUACCCAUGAGGCUGACAGAAAUCCAGUCACCCAGCAUGCUGCCAGGGCUCUGCCAGUGUCUGCCCUGCCUCAGGUCUACCUGCCUCUGGAGAACAGUAGUACAGCCCUGGCUCAGCGCCUGCAGCCUGUGCUUAUACUGGAACCAAGCACUGGACUGCUACACACACAGCUCCUCACUGUCCACGGUUUGAGCCCUGUUUCCAUGCAGCUACAGCCUCAUCUCUCCUCCCCCACCAGAGGGGAAGUCCUGACAAUGGCCCCCUCCCACAGACCCUUGGGACGAACCCGCUCAGAACCACCCCCCUACAGCCACUCACCUCUGCCCUGCAGUGCCAGCCAUCACCCGUCUACCCAGCACCAGCUGCUCCAACAAAACCACCACACCCGGCUGCUGGAGGAUAGGCUGAAGCUUAGCACACAUUUGGCCAAGCUAAUGAAGAAAUCUAGUGAGAAGUCCCGCCUGACACAAAUCCCAUCUGAAGACAUGGACCUGGAGGAGAUCAGGUCCAGUUCCGGGUCUGGGCCAAGCUCCACGUGUGACUCAGAAACAGGCUCAGUGUGUGAUGACAACUACCACAGACGAAGACAAAGCGGUGCCAGCAUUGACUCAGUAUAUGACACAGAGUCCACCACUUCCUCACGGGAGAGCUUGGUCGAACACUCGCUCGGUCAGACACUCCGAUGGGAGCCGCAGAGGCAGGUGAUCCUCAGACCAGGCCCACUGCGGGACUCCAUCGGGAUCCACCGACCCCUAUCCCGAGCCAAGUCCUCCCCGGCCUUCACCUCUUCGGCCCCUCCACCCAUCAGCACUGCCUCUAUGUCUCUCUCCAGCUCUGCUUCAGAGACCCCCACUAAGCUACGUUUCACCACCGGACUAGUUUACGACACUCAGAUGCAGAAGCACCAGUGUACCUGCAGAGACAACAGCCGACAUCCCGAGCAUGCUGGCAGGAUCCAGAGCAUUUGGUCCAGGCUGCAUGAGCGAGGCCUCAGGAACCAGUGUGAGCAUCUUCGCUGUAGAAAGGCCACGGUGGAGGAGCUCCAGUCUGUCCACUCAGAGAAACAUGUGCUUUUAUAUGGCACCAACCCACCCAACCGACAACAGGCUGGAAUUUUAUCUCAGAGGAUGUUUGUGAUGUUGCCAUGUGGAGGAGUAGGGGUAGACAAUGAUACAGUCUGGAAUGAGAUGCACACGCCAUCAGCAUCCAAACUGGCGGUAGGCUGCGUGACGGAUCUGGCGCUCAAGGUUGCUCAAGGAGAGCUGAAGAAUGGCUUUGCAGUGGUGAGGCCCCCUGGACACCAUGCAUCCCGCUCCUCACCGCUGGGCUUCUGCUUCUUCAACUCCGUGGCCAUCGCUGCCAAGCAGCUCCAACAGAAACUUAACGUCAGCAAGAUCCUCAUCGUUGACUGGGAUGUACACCAUGGUAAUGGCACGCAGGAAGCCUUCUACGAUGACCCCAGUGUGCUGUACGUCUCUCUGCAUCGAUACGACAACGGCAACUUCUUCCCCGGUAGUGGACAUCCCGCUGAGGUGGGUGUUGGUGCAGGGGAGGGCUUCAGUGUGAACGUGGCAUGGACAGGGGGUUUGGACCCUCCCAUGGGUGAUGCAGAGUAUCUGGCAGCAUUCAGAAUGGUGGUGAUGCCUAUUGCCCAUGAGUUUUCCCCUGACGUAGUGCUGGUGUCGGCUGGCUUUGAUGCUGUCGAAGGACAUCCAGCCCCAUUGGGAGGCUACAGGGUCUCAGCCAAGUGUUUUGGCUUCCUGACCCGCCAGCUGAUGUCUCUGGCCGGGGGAAGGGUGGUCCUGGCCCUGGAAGGGGGGCAUGACCUCACUGCCAUCUGUGAUGCCUCCGAAGCCUGUGUCAGCGCCCUGCUGGGCAUGGAGGUGGAGCCCCUAUCCCAGUCAGUCUUGAACCAGAGGCCCUGUGCCAACGCUGUUCUGUCCCUCCAAAGAAUCAUCCAGGUUCAGGGUAAAUAUUGGCAGAGUGUGAAGCCCUUGGUCUCCACAGUGGAUUUAUCCUACGUGCAGGCCCAGAGACUGAGGCUGAGGCGGGACUCUGACAGCGAGGCUGUGAGCGCCCUGGCCUCUCUAUCUGUUGGAGUCCUCUCGCCAGACAGAGAACAUCCUGACGAAGUACUGGAGAGAGACACUGACUCCAUGUAGAGAAAACUGCACAUAAAAUAACUUCAAGAAAAUAACGGCGCACAUGCACACACAGACAUGGGGACGCACACACAUGAAUACACACACACACA